AUACAGGAGCAGGAGAGCCACAAAACCCUCCUCUCUUCUUCGACCGUCUUUCCCUUUCUCUUCUCCCGCCGCCACACGAGCACGGCACGGCCAUGGCACGCAUCCUAUCGCGCGCCCUUCCGUUCGCCUCGCACUCGCACCUCCAGUUUUCGCCGCCCAUCCGUGGCGCGGCGCUGCUCAGCUCCGCGCCGCUCCUCCCGCACCUCCCUGCGGCGUCCACGGUCUCACUGCUCUCCUGGCGCGGGUUCACUCCCACCCCCGAGCCCUCGCGCUCUGUGCCGCCUUUCGCGGGAUUCCUCGCUGGCAUACGUGGCUUCCGAAGGGCGCGGCGCGGACAGGCGGCAGCGAAGCGAGAACAGGCGCAGGAGGACCCUGCGCCCCCGCCCCCACCAAAGGAGAGCGAGAUCGAGCUCUACGCUCGCAUCGGUGUCGACGAGGACUUGCCCGAUGAUCUCGAAGUGCUGAACAUUAUAGAAAUCCUGAAAUUAAAUGUUCCGAUGGCGAUGAAAAUUGCACUAGAUGGGCUUUUGGAGUACAACUACAACACACGAGACACUUCAAUAAGUGAUGUUGGGAAGUAUGAAAAGGUUGAGGUUUCUGUGUUGCUAGGCAACGACAACUUCAUCCAGAAUCUUAACAAAGAGUGGAGAGGCGAGGACUGCGCUACUGAUAUGCUCUCGAUGUCACAGUACAUUCCUGAUCUUGAUGUUCCUAUUCUUAUGUUGGGUGACAUAGCAAUCUCAGUUGAGACAGCUGCAAGGCAAGCUGAGGAGAGAGGCCAUACACUUCUUGAUGAACUGCGGACACUAGUGGUUCGUGGCCUAUUGCAUCUUCUUGGUUUUGAUCGUCAGGCUAGUAAUGAGGCUGCAGUGGAAAUGGAGAAAGAGGAGCUGCUCAUUUUAAAAAGUCUGAGGUGGAAAGGGAAAGGUUUUGCUAAGAGUGCUCUUGAUUUGAGCAAGCCUCGCACAGAAACAUCGGAUGGACGAGCGACGAAUGGUCUAAAGAAAGCUGGCAGCCUAAGAUUUUAUAGACCAAAAUUCAAAUAUAUCUUCUGUGAUUUGGACGGUACGCUGCUCAACAGCAAAAGUCGAGUUACAGCAAGAAAUGCAGAGGCUCUUAAGGAAGCUAGGUCAAGAGGAGUAAACAUAGUAAUCGCCACGGGAAAGACACGCCCAGCUGCAAUUGAUGUUCUUAAUAUGGUCGGUUUAUCUGGAAGAAAUGGCUUUGUUUCAGAAUCCUCGCCUGGUGUAUUUCUUCAGGGACUGGUGGUAUAUGGUUUGGAAGGGCAAGAGAUUUAUAAAAGAAAUUUAGACCAAGAAGUAUGCAGAGAGGCAUUAUUGUAUUCUUUGGAGCACAAGGUACCACUAGCAGCAUUUAGCAAGGACCGAAGUUUCUCUCUGUUUGAGGACCCUUCGGUUGAUUCUCUCCAUUAUGUAUACCAUGAACCUAAGGCUGAAAUAGUAUCAUCUAUUGAUCAGCUCUUAGGGACAGCUGAGAUACAGAAAGUACUGUUCCUUGGUACUCCUGAGGGGAUUUCUACCACGUUGAGGCCAUACUGGGAAAAGGCGAUAGGUGAAAGGGCUGGCGUUGUUCAGGGACAGCCUGAUAUGCUUGAGCUUGUACCACCUGCAACUUCGAAAGGCAGGGGGGUGAAGAUGUUGUUGGACCAUCUUUGCAUUAGCCCGGAUGAGGUAAUGGCAAUAGGAGAUGGAGAAAAUGACAUAGAAAUGCUACAACUAGCAUCACUGGGUGUUGCUAUGGCAAAUGGGGCUGAGAAGACGAAAGCGGUGGCAAAUGUAAUCGGCGCAACCAACGACGAAGAUGGAGUCGCGCAGGCUAUUUAUGACUAUGCUUUCUAACAGCUGCUGACACUAAGGAGUAUCGUUUCUUUGGUUCCCCACGGUGUUCUGGGUUCACCACCCAGUUUCACAUGUCUGCACAUCUAUCUGACAAAACUAUACAGGGUUGUGAUCAGCAGCACCCGUUAAGAGGAACAUUUGAACUGUUAGGCAGAGUUAUUUUUUGGCUGGCAAUCCAUGAGGAGCCACCACCCAUUUUUGGCUGGAAUAUCUGUAAAACGUUUUCAAUCUCUGAUAACCAACGACCGGUGUCUGUGUUAGCUAA